AUGGAAAAGUCAAUCUCCAAUUUCAUUUGGAAUGGAAAGAGCAGAAUGUCUCCCAGUGUAAACAGCAGUUUCCUGAGCAGCAGCGCGCCCCCAGUGCAGCUCUGCUAUGAGAACGUGAGCGGAUCCUGUGUCAAAUCUCCUUACUCGCCUGCGCCCCGCGUGAUGCUGUACCUGGUAUUCGGCUUAGGGGCUGCACUGGCCACAUUUGGAAAUCUCCUGGUGAUGAUUUCAGUCCUGCAUUUCAAGCAGCUGCACUCUCCCACCAAUUUCCUGGUCGCCUCCCUGGCCUGCACUGACUUUCUGGUGGGGGUGACAGUGAUGCCCUUCAGCAUGGUCAGAGCAGUGGAGAGCUGCUGGUACUUUGGGGAGACCUUUUGUACUUUUCACACGUGCUGUGAUGUGGCGUUUUGCUACUCUUCUCUCUUCCACUUGUGCUUCAUCUCCAUCGACAGGUUCAUUGCUUUUAUUGACCCUCUGGUCUACCCUACCAAGUUCACGGUGUCUGUGUCAGGAUUCUGCAUCAGCAUCUCCUGGAUCCUGCCCAUCGUCUAUAGCGGAGCCGUGUUCUCCACAGGAGCCAAUGAUGAUGGGCUGGAGGAAUUAUCUAGUGCCUUAAACUGCGUGGGUGGUUGUCAGGUAGUGAUAAACCAAAACUGGGUGUUGGUAGACUUUCUGUUGUUUUUCAUGCCUACUCUAGUUAUGAUCAUUCUUUAUAGUAAGAUUUUCCUUGUGGCUAGAAAACAAGCCCAAAAGAUUGAGACUACUAGUAGCAAAACCCAAUCUUCAUCUGGAACUUACAAAGCCAGAGUUACCAAAAGAGAGAGAAAAGCAGCUAAGACCCUGGGGAUCACUGUGGUGGCCUUUCUGAUUUCGUGGUUACCGUAUAUGAUCGACUCAUUUUUUGAUACUUUUUUUGGUUUAAUGACACCUCCCUAUGUGAAUGAAAUAUUAUACUGGUUUGCUUAUUACAACUCUGCUGUAAACCCUUUGAUCUAUGCUUUAUUUUACCCUUGGUUUAGGAAUGCAAUCAGAAUUAUUAUAACUGGCCAAAUAUACAAAGAGAGUUCCUCCACCACAAAUUUAUUUUCUAAAGAGAGUUAA